AUGGACUUAUACCUCCUCGAUACACUAGCAUUCAACAAGAUACACAGCCAGCUUUGCACAUGUCUUCAAAUGCUCUGGUACAUAGCUUAUUUAAGCUCAACUGUUAUGCAAUGUGUCUUCGGUGACCAUUCGGCACCAUUAUUAUUUGAGGAGAGGGGGAGGCUGAAAUGCUGUUCGAUGGGCUCAUUUGACGAGCUUGAAGUGUUUGCAGCGCUGAAACUUGCUUUUCGCGAUCAGGGGAUCUAUCUACCAGAUACCUUUCCAUUCAUUGAAGAGCUCACCUCGGCUUCAUUCAAACAAAUACCUGCACAUUUCAGACAUUUCGUGUGCGCGUUGAGGACCCACUAUGUCCUCCAGAUUGUCAAGUUCAGACUCUUUGCUACUCGUCAAAUUCCUCUUCAUCGCUAUCGGAGUCGUCAUAGACUGUGGCAGACUGUGGCUAAUACAUUAGAAGGUAUCUAA